AUCAUCGCUUUUGUAUUGACCAUCUUAUCGGUCGCGUUAGACCUAAAACAAUUUAUUGACCAAUCCAAGAUAUGGCCAAAGCUUCUCGCUAUUUUCUGACAUCCAAACACAAUCGAUUUAGUCACUGAUCGAACAACGAAAUGAUUAAAGUUCUGCUACCGAUUUUCGCGGGAAUGCUCCUGCUCCCACUGCUCGGCGUGGAAGCUCAUCCCGAGACAGAGCUCAAUGGAAGGAUUGUGGGUGGAGCAGACACCUCCAGUUUCUACACAAAGUAUGUGGUGCAGCUGCGCAGACGCAGUUCCACGACCAGUGCCUAUGCCCAAACCUGCGGUGGCUGCAUCCUGGACAAGGAGACUAUUGUUACCGCCGCUCAUUGUGUGUACAAUCGGCUGGCGGAGAACUUCCUGGUCGUAGCAGGAUCAGAUAAUAGCGACACCAUGAAUGGCGUUGUGGUGCGGGUGGAGAAACUGAUACCCCAUGAACUGUACAACGCCACCACUAUGGAUAAUGACAUAGCCCUGGUAAAGAUCAAUCCAUCCUUGCCCCUGGGCACUUUCGACGACAUGGAGGCCAUUGAGCUGGCCGCCGAGGAACCGACAGUGGGUGCCACGGCCACCAUUAGUGGCUGGGGUUACACCACCGAGGGUGGUCGCUCCUCCAAUCAGCUGCAGCAGGUCAAGGUUCCAAUUGUGGACUCCGCCAAGUGCCAGGAAGCCUACAACUGGCGACCCAUCACUGAGGCCAUGAUCUGUGCCGGUGUUCCAGAGGGCGGCAAGGAUGCCUGUCAAGGAGAUUCCGGAGGACCUCUGGUCGUAAAUGGCAAGCUCACUGGCAUUGUAUCCUGGGGCGAGGGUUGUGCACGUCCCAACUAUCCGGGAGUUUACUCGAAUGUGGCCCACUUCAAGGACUGGAUAGCCAAGCAGACAGUCCUCGACAUGUCGCGUUCUUGGUUGGUUUACCUAUCCGCUUUCCUCGCCUGCUGCCUGCUGGUCCGAGGUCUGCCCCUCCAGGAAGGUCAGGAUGCUAAGAACGACGGUCCCGAUGGACGCAUCGUUGGUGGCUAUGUGACCGAUAUUGCCCAGGUUCCGUAUCAGAUCUCGCUGAGAUACAAGGCAACCGCGCCGCAGAAUGCCUACUCGCAUCGCUGCGGUGGUUCCAUCAUUGACAGUGACAAGGUGUUAACGGCGGCUCACUGCGUCAUCGGGACGGUGGCCAGUCAGUACAAGGUGGUGGCCGGUUCCAAUUAUCGCACAGGAUCGGAUGGCGUCAUCACAUCCGUGAAGGAGAUCAUCAUGCACGAGGGAUACUUCUCGGGAGCGGCCUACAACAACGAUGUGGCGUUGCUCAUCCUCGAUCCUCCACUGCCGCUGAACAACUUCACCAUCAAGCCCAUUCAGUUGGCUUCGGAGGCACCGCUACCGGGAGCCAUAAGCAAGAUCAGCGGCUGGGGCACUACCUCCUCCGGCGGUUCGGCCUCCAACAUUCUCCUGGCCGUCGAUGUGCCGAUUGUGAGCAACGAGGUUUGCGAUCAGGAUUACGAGGACUUUGGGGAUGAGACCUAUCGCAUCACCGAGCAAAUGUUGUGUGCCGGCAAGCGGGGCGUGGGUGGUGCGGAUGCCUGCCAGGGUGACUCCGGUGGACCGCUGGUUGUCCGGGAUCAGCUGUACGGUGUGGUGUCCUGGGGCAACCAGUGCGCCCUGGCCGACUAUCCUGGUGUCUAUGCUAAUGUGGCCAAUCUCAGGCCCUGGAUCGAUGCCCAGCUACUAUCUCGAGGACCGGUCAUUAAGCUAAUCAUUGAAGAGCCGCAAACGGCAAAAGGUGCCAAAUCGAGACCCGUAAUCAGUUCGAUGCGAACCUCUCGCCCGGGCAAAUCGGUGGAAUCAGCGACGACCAUGUGCAUCCCACAGCCUCAGCUUAAAAUGCCGCUCCUGCUCCUCCUGCUGCUGGCCAUCGGAGUGUCCUCUGAGGCCCCGGAAAAGCCACAGGCCAGGAUUAUCAAUGGCACCACAGUGGAUGUGGCCCGUCAUCCGUAUAUUGUCUCCCUGCGCUACCGUCGCAAUGUGGAGGAUAGCUACAGGCACGAGUGUGCCGGGGUCAUCUACUCGGAGCAUGUACUCCUCACCGCUGCCCAGUGCCUGUACAACCUGGAGGCGGAGACCAAGCUGCUGGCUGUGGUGGGCGCCAAUACCCGCACCGGACCCGAUGGCAUCAUCUAUCCCGUGGCCAACUGGACGCAUCAUCCGAACUUUGACUACUACACCGCCGACUAUGACAUCGGAGUGCUCUUUCUGGACACGCCUCUGAACCUCAAUCAUUUCGGAAUCAGCAAGGCAGUCAUCCGGCCGGAGCGUCCGGCAGUGGAUCGCCUGGCCACCGUGGCCGGUUGGGGUUAUCGGGAGGAAUGGGGUCCGUCCAGCUACAACCUGGAGCAGACCCAAGUGCCGGUGGUGAGCACGGAGAAGUGCAACGAGAUCUAUGGCGCUGGAGAGGUCACAGAAAGGAUGAUCUGUGCGGGCUAUGUGACCGAAGGAGGCAGUGACGCCUGCCAGGGUGAUACCGGUGGACCCCUGGUCAUUGAUAAUCAGCUUGUGGGUCUGGUGUCCUGGGGACGUGGUUGUGCCCGACCCAACUACCCAACGGUAUACAGCUACGUGGCCAGUUUUCUGGAUUGGAUUGAAGAAACAAUUGCCGCCCGCGGAGCACAAUAAACAAAGGAAUUUCAAAGCCAAUUGAUACGCUAUCAUUCCGGAUAGAGCUACCUAAUGGAAUAUAAUAAAACCGUAAUCAAACAAACAA